GCGAGAUACCGUGCGGGUAUCAGAUCGUGUUGGGGAAGUGCUGCGAGGAAUGCAUGGUCCAAAGAUGUGAGGUGCAUGGCUAAAUGAUGAUGGUUAUGUGAUGGCGCAGGAUGUGACCAGCGAAUUCUUAAGGGAUGAGGAAGGGGACCUCGGUGACAACGCACCACGCCGAUUUUUAACGUUCAUACCAUGUCAUGGCAUUUUUACCAUUCUGCCAUCUAUGGGGCAAAGAGAAGGAAGGCCAGGUCUUCCGUUCUUCACCCCUCCCUUCCCUUCACCCCGCCCAUUCGCUGUGCCCCUGGUGGCGGUUGCGUAACUUUAUGGACGGUAGCGGACGAGUCGCAAGUGGGUUUUAGUCCCAAGCCGGAUAUUACUUCUAAGGGUCAGGGAACAUUCUCAACGCCACUGACAGAUAGUCCUUUUGACAGAUACGUUGACCAUUUUCGUGACAGGCAGCGAAGCUAACGGCACUAAACGCUUACACUGCGCUACCCGGCAAACGGUGACCGUCGCCACCGGUCCCUCGACAGCCACCCGAAGGAGAGCCUGGUGGUGCGUGCUGGCGAGUGGGACACGUCCAGCCGGGACCCCGUGUACGCGCACCAGGACCGCGGUGUGCUCCGCCUGCUCACCCACGAGAAGUUCCGUGCUGACACGCUCUUCAACGACGUGGCGCUGCUGAAGCUGACGCAGCCAGUGGAGACCGCGCCGCACAUCAACACGCUCUGCCUGCCCAGCGCCGACGACUACUACAUCGACUACAGCGACUGCAUGGCCACCGGCUGGGGGCAGGAGUCUUUCGACAAUACCGACUACCCCAGCAUUCUGAAGGAGGUGCGGCUGUCCAAGGUGGACCAGGGCCAGUGCCAGAGCCGGAUGCGAGAGACGCGCCUGGGCCGCUGGUUCCGGCUGCACGACACCUUCCUCUGCGCCGGUGGCCACCCUGGCGUCGACACGUGCAAGGGCGACGGGGGCUCGCCGCUCGUGUGCCGCGACCACUCGAAGCGCGAGGAGACCCAUGUUCAGAUCGGCAUCGUCGCAUGGGGCAUCAACUGCGGCCGCGGCGGUAUGCCCGGGGUAUACGCUGACGUCAUCAAGCUGCUGCCAUGGAUUCAGGAGAAGCUGGCUCUGCUCACAGCAAGCCCCUCUGCCGGGUAUUAGGGUCCAGCGUUGCUGGACCGCCCGCGGUGACAGACCGGAUACAAGCCGCUGAGCUGCAAGGCAGAGCCCCCCCCCCCCCCCCUCAGGCCAGUCCGUCCGCCCGUCCCCGCAGCCCGGCGGCGGACGAUGAGCGCCCGCACCGAUGGCGACGCCAAACAAACAAGCCAAUAUCAGCGUAGUUUGGUCCCCGGCGUGCCCGCCCUCCCCGUCAGGACGAGAGGCAGGCGAUGCCAAAUAGUCUCGGUUGCUGAGAGCCGCCCAAUAACCGGCCACGUUAGCGUGGCGUUACGUCUCUCCGUAAGGCUCGUUUUGUGGCGGAGCUCCGUCAAUAUCCUGGCAAAAUUUUGAUAUGAGCGGCGGGGCACGUUUCUGUAAGCCUUAAUGAAAAUUAAACCUUGGCAUGGGCUGGCGCUGCUCGGAGUUUGGUACGCACUGAAGUGAUAGCUAUUUCAGGUUCUCAGGAAACGAUGGAAGCAACGCGGCGUGCUUUUUCAUGACGUUAUGCUGCCCGCGGCAAAUGAAAUGAAACACAGGUGAAAUACAUCUGAAACGAAAGCAC